AUGGGGACCCUGGGGCACCUGGUGUGCGCCGAGUGUCCCCGAUCUCAGCUUGCUGGGGUGGCUGUGCGUCCCGAGCCCCACGGGGUGCCCCCGUCCCUGCGCAGGCUGCGCUGGGAUGCCCAGGAGCUAUUCUCAGCGCUUGGAGCUUGGCACGGGGAUGGGGACGUUUCUAAAUCGGGGGCCCCAGUUCACGUGCACCAGGACGGAACGGGGGGGUCCUGGGUUCCCUCCCCAGGGGAUGCAGCCACCACCACGCCACAAGGUGCUGGGGUCAGCACCAACGAGCGGGAGGGUCCCCGCUUCCUGGAGCUGCUGCCCCCCGAGAGGCGAAGGUCACAACCGUGCCCGGAUAGGGGGUGUCAGACAGAGACCCCACGCCGGACCCCCCCACCCGGCGCGGGUCCACAGCGGCAUGUACGGGCAUUGCGGGGGCACACGGAGCCGCGCUGGGAGGGGGAAUGCGCCUUGCCCCCACCCUGCGCCAAGACCCCCGGGCAGAGGAGCCCCCCCAACCGGUUCCACCGGGGCCUGCCCAAGCCCCACGGCGGCCCCGGCCCCCUCCCCAUCGCCCCCCCAGUGCCGGCAGGGGUCAGGCGGGGUGAGGCGCAGCUCUGGCCCCCGUCUCUGCCGGUGCCGGCCCCGCUGCUGGGGGUCAUGGUGGCCGCCGCAGCUGAAGCGCGGGAGCGGCCCGGGCCCCCACCCGAGUCCCCCCCACGGGACGAGGCCACAACCAGCCCGCGGCCCGGCCCCGCCGCGGCCCGGCCCCGCACCCGUCACCGCAGAGCCACGCCGCGGGCCGGGCCCACGGGCCCCCGCCACGCCGCCCGCCACGCCACGGCCACGCAGCCGACGCGGGGGCCCCGGGGGGAAACCACGGCGCUGCGGGCGGGCGGGAAGCCUGGGGAGCCCCGCGGGGGGGCCGCGGCCGGCGGUAAAGCUCCGGUGCGCGGCGGGGCCCGGUUCGGGCCGUACCUGGGCGGCGGCAGCGGCGGGCGCGGAGCGGAGCGGAUCGGGGCGCAGCGGCGGCGGCGGCGGCGGACGGCGCCUGGCUCCUCCCCCGGCCCCGCCGCGCCGCCCGCCCGCCCGCUCCGCCGCGGCCGUAGCCCCCUCCGCCGGCCGCAGCCGCUCCCUGCACCCGCCGCGCCCGCCCCACGGCGGGCCCCGAGUGGGGACCCCUCACGGGGGGGGAAGCGGGGAGGGAGCGGAGGGGCCACGGGGGGAGCGGUGAUGGGGACGGUGCCAGCGGCCGAGCGGAGGACCCUGGGCCCCCCAUCUCCACGGCAGGCAGCAGCGGGGCAGGAGCAGCAGAAGGUUGGCGGCCCCCCCAGCCUCGGCCCCCGCCUGGUGCGGCACCGGCACUGGGGGGUCCCGGCUGUGCCGGUUACCCCGUGGGAAGGGGAAGCACCCCCCCCCGCCGGCCUCCUCCUUGCCCUCAUUGCUGGGAAGGGCCCCGGCCCCUUCCGGCCCCCCCUUGGCCAGCCCCUUGUUGGCACCCCUAACGCCUUUGCAUGCCCCUUGCUUGCACACUCGCGCAUUUGCACGCCCAUUUGCACACUCACCCCUUUGCACGAGCUUCUUGCACAUCCUUCGCACUCCCCACUCGCCUCCAUCCUCCAAACUACAUCCCCCAGCAUCCCCCGCGCCCCGCCUCCCAAUCAGCGCCCGGCUUUCUGGCGGGUGCCAACAUGGCGGUGCCCAGGCGCUGAAGAACGUGCCGGUCGGCCGCCGCGGUGCCGGGUGCUGGUGAGGGCCGGGCGAGGCCGGGGCGGGGCGGGGGGGAGCCCCGGGGAUGGCCCCGCCGCGCUCCGCGGCUUGACCAGGCCCCAGCCGCGGCCUCCCCGGACUCCUCCGGAGCCGCCGUUCCCCACGCACGGCCGGGCCCUGCCGCCCACCCCCCCCCCGGCUCCUCGGCGUUUCCCAGACGGGGUGUCGAGAUCCUUCCCUCCAGCCUAG